AUGGAAGCAAAACGUAUCAGACUUGAUCCAGAGGAUGAAGAUUCUCGGGAUUCGAAUUCGAUGAGUUCAUGUGGUGGAAAUGAAUCAACGCCAAGCACAUCUAGUUCAGCUGAAGUGAGCGUCGAAGAUUUGAAAUCUUCGGACCCAUUAGUGAUUGAAAAGGCUUUGAAAAAGCUGAAAGGAAUCCUCAGAACCAAAGCAGCUAUCGUAAAAUUCAUGACUGCAAGAUCGUCAGAAGUAUUUCCCGUGCUCAUCGCUCUUCUCAUCAAAACCUCUACCGACAUUCCCAAUCAAGUUCCGCCAUGGCUUUCCAUACUAAGAGAAACGAUUAGCGUAAUUGCCAACUGUUGUAAUUAUUCCGUUACUGCAUGUAUGAAGAUGGCUGGAUCAAAGAUUACUCACAUUGCAGUACGCAUAUUCGAAAGCAGUUCGGUCAAGCAAGAAUGUAAAACGUCAAUGGCUCGCCUAGUCGCCAAUAUGUGUAUGCAUAAGGAACCUGCUGGCUGUAUCGCUUCUAAUUCGUCACUUGUCGAUCGUUUAGUCCUUAUGCUAGAACCUGAUGAUAGUGCUUCCACGCAAGCACUACGAGCAGUUCGUGGGCUCGUCUACUGCUCAUAUAUGAAGGUCGUGCUUCUGUCAAAUGCUGGUCACUACUUGGGAAAGAUGUUGGCAGCAGGAAAGAAUGCGACCUGUGUGGUGGAAGUUUUAACGGCUUUGGCGAGAAGACGAGUACGAGACAUCGGCAGGCAACUGGCUGGCAGUGAUUGCGCUGGACAUUUGCUCAAACUUUUCUUCUCAGACGAAGUUCAAGGAGCAAAAGAACUUGCGCUUAUGCUCUGUGAAGGUUCUACGGAUAUGAGAGAUAGGAUGGGUGAUGCACUGGCCAUACAAGGAGUUGUUGAAUCAGCUGAUGACAGUGCCAUGAACUGUAAACUUCUGACAACAUUUGCCCAGGAAGCAUGGGGUCGUGCUGCUCUUCGGGAAUCAGGAGCCCUCGACUUCCUCAUCUCGCGUCUUUCGUCAACCUCUUUCAAUUCUAGCGACAAGCUUGCUAUCGUGCAACCACUUCGUCACUUUAUACAUGACACGAAUGGAAUGGCUCAUCUGGUUCGCAAUCGUGUGUUCAUUAACACAGUGAUAAAAGAUGUUCAGGAAUUUCUGGCUGAGUUCAAAGUGGAAUGUGUGCCGGAGAUCAUCACGGAUGAAGAAUUAUAUCGUCCUGAUAGCCCACUGCUCAUGGAGAUCGAGUCCGGUCUUCAGAAGAAAAGCGAUCGUGAGGAAUCUUCUCGUCUUCACAAGGAUUACUCGUUCCUUUGGGGUUACACCACACCGUCAUCACCAGCUCAUUCAACAUGGAGUUAUCCUUUGUAUAGCCCGCCGUCAAGUGGUGCUGGAAGCCCUUCCUCGGCCUUUAGUAUUAGCCCCCUUGCAAGCCCGAACUCAAGCCACGGACGCCUAAGUGAUACAGGUUUCGAUACGGAUGAAGGAGAGUCGUUGAAAGGCCACGGUGACAUUCGCAAUGAACCCCAAGCCAAUCUCACUAAUAACGUGCUGGCAGAAAAGGUGAUUGAAAGCGAGCUGUGGUUACUCACCUGGCAGGCCCAGGAGGAUGCGAAUUUGCCGUACCUUGGCAGGGAAGAUAUUGUGAACACCAUUCUUUCCUAUCUUUCCCUCGCCCCAUCACCUGACUACCGUAUCGGGAGAGUUCUUCGUCGCCUGGCCUGUUCCCGUUUGUCAAUGGAUUCUUUGCUUUGUAUGCAAUUUCACACACGAGUUCUACACACGCUCUGCAUUGUCCCCUGUAGGGUGGUUCGUUAUGCUAAGAGGUGCGUUCGUUGCGAAAGAGCUGCAGAGUUCGGAAAAGAAGUGCUCAGAGAGUUUGCCAGCCAUGUGGAUAGCGAUUUUGGUGACUCGUUUCUAGUCAAACGGCUGUCCAGCGACGACUUUACCACACGAGUUGUUGCUGCUAUAGCUAAGAUAGCUCUAAUCAGGGAUCGUUUUCGACUUGGUCGCAUGACGUCAGGCCAACUUCCAGCUUUAGAUCUACUGUUCGAAUCCAUCCGUACUCUAUUGUUAAGGGAUGACUUCCCGGCAAUUGCUAAUGACACCACCUAUACUGGCGGGCCUCCCCUUUGCGCUCAGAUAAUCGGCGCUAUAUCUACCCUCAUCUCUCCUCAGCGGUUACGGCAGAUUUUGGAAAUAGAUGCUGCUGUUCGCCCGCAAGAACGAGGACAGUGCAUGGUGGAGAAGAACAUCACCAAUCCCGAAGAGAAUAUGGAGAUGUUGGUUUUCGAGACCAAGGAGGGAGAGGUGCUAGCACGAGUAUCGAUGGAUGCAAUCUGUGGUAGUAGUCAAUACUUCCAGGGCAUGUUUACAUCGGAUUUGUUCGAGAAAUGUAGUGGAAGGCGCAGAUUUUUGUUUAAUCCAGAAGAGGAGGAUUGCACUGCCGAGGAUUUUACUCGUUUUCUGCACUACCUGGCUGGUUGCAGAUCGCAGUGUACAGCGAUUUCUUCGGCGCACACUUGUGUUGCACUAAUCAGGCUGUCAGAUCGAUAUCUUUGUCCGGCUCUUUCCGAAUUCGUCUGCUCACCGCAUGGUCCAGUACGUCGAAUUCUGAGUGGUGAAACGUUACCUGUAUUUCUUCCCGUUGUACUACUCGCUCAAACACACGAAAGGUUGGUAGCGAUGUGUUUGUUGACGUUAAUACGAUACUGUACGAGCUCGUUGGUUGUGGAUGCACUACGCUCCAUCUGCCAAUCUCAACUUCUAGUCGACACUUUCAUAGAGCAGAUGAAAGCUCUGACGUCAUCAUCACAAUGA